AUGCCCCCAGUCCAAUUCCGUGAUGAUCGCAAGCCCGAACCAGUUAGAUUUGUCAACGUGCCAACGCCAUUCCUCCUAUGCCUAGCUGAUAUGGAUCGGCUCGGCGUAUAUUUAAAUAACGUCACGAACGAGCUCGUUGGCAAUGGUGUGAGCGUUCCAGUGAUUCGAAGAUGGGGUCACGCGUGGUUCUUCUUGCGGAAACAAGAGGCAUCAGUGGCAUAUCUCACGGAGGCUGAAUUGCGGCGCCUCCACACGCGUUUUGGUCAUCCAUCCGUGUAUCGGCUGCACAAGCUGCUGAAUUCGGCUGGCCAUGAUGUGGAAAUCGAAGCUCUGGAAAUGAUCAAGAAGUUCUGCCACUACUGUCAGAUGAAAUCCGACCCGCCACGAAGGUUCAAGUUCAGCUUGAAGGAUGAUUGUGACUUCAAUUACGAAGUCAUCGUUGAUGUCAUGACAUUGGGUGGCAGACCAGUCCUCCAUGUUGUUGAUCAAGCCACUGCCUAUCAGGCAGGAGAUUCCUAUCCAACAUGA